UAUAUUGCGGCUCGUCCCCAGCCAUUGCCCUCCCACGCUCAGGCAUUCUUCCUACUCCUCCAGCUCCUCCCUCGUUCUCCUGUCUCCUUCUACAUCGAGCGCUCUGCAGCCUUGUUGACCUGCUCUGAGACAUCGAAGGGGAUUAGUAAUCGGCAGAUGGAUCCAUGGAUCGGCAGCCAGCCUUCCCUGAGCCUUGACCUUCACGUCGGCCUGCCGCCGCUCAGCCGCCACCAGGCGCCGGUCGCCAUGGCCAAGCCCAAGGUGCUCGUCGAGGAGAACUUCCUGCAGCCUCUCAAGAAAGAACCAGAGGUCGCGGCCCUCGAGACGGAGCUCCAGCGGAUGGGCGAGGAGAACCGGCGCCUGGCCGAGGCGCUCACGGCGGUGGCGGCCAAGUACGAGGCGCUGCGGAGCCAGUACACGGGGAUGGUCGCCGCCGGCGUGACCAACAACCCGUCGUCCACGUCGGAGGGCGGGUCGGUCUCCCCGUCCAGGAAGCGCAAGACGAGCGAGAGCCUCGACACCGCGGCGGCGCCGGGCGCGCAGGCGCAGCACCCGCCGCAGCACGGCCUGCAGCACGGCGGCCAGCAGCAGCCGGGCCUGGCAGACCAGAUGGAGUGCACCUCCGGCGAGCCGUGCAAGCGCAUCCGGGAGGAGUGCAAGCCCAAGGUGUCGAAGCUGUACGUGCACGCGGACCCGUCGGACCUGAGCCUGGUGGUGAAGGACGGCUACCAGUGGCGCAAGUACGGGCAGAAGGUGACCAAGGACAACCCCUGCCCGCGGGCCUACUUCCGGUGCUCCUUCGCGCCGGCGUGCCCCGUCAAGAAGAAGGUGCAGCGGAGCGCCGACGACAAUACCAUCCUCGUGGCCACGUACGAGGGCGAGCACAACCACGGCCAGCCCCCGCCGGCGCCGUCGUCGCAGCAGCAGCCGCACGACGCCAAGAACGCCGCCGCGAAGCCGCCGUCGCCGCCGAGGCCCGCUGCCCCGGCGGCGGCGCCUCAGUCGCCUGACCACCCGCAGCAGCUGCUCCACCACCACCAGCAGAAGCAGCAGCCGCAGCAAGACGCCGUCGCGGCGUCGGAGCUGAUCCGGCGCAACCUGGCGGAGCAGAUGGCCAUGACGCUGACGCGGGACCCAAGCUUCAAGGCGGCCCUCGUCACCGCGCUCUCCGGCCGCAUCCUCGAGCUCUCGCCGACCAAGGAUUAAACUAGCGAAACAAAUUCGCGACACCAUCACAAGAGAUUCUUGGUUGCUCAAAUUUCUUGCAGCCAUGGUGGCCAACUGGGCUUGGCCUCCUCCCCACUGCUGCUGCUGCCGCCGCCGCCUCCGUUCACUCACUGUUCCAGCAAGAAUUGCGAGAACAAUGGACACGGAGGAGGUCUGCAGCUCUGCACGGCGAUCGAAAGACGAGUCUACACCUCGCAUCCGCGCAUGACGCGGACCGGAAGAACAUCAUCACGGCGGGUGAUCCGAUCGGCCGGCGACGGUCGAGCGUCGUAGCAGAUCGAAGUAUAGCACAGGAAACAACACGAAAAAUGUACAAUUCAUUGUAGGCACACAAAAGUGUUCAUCAAUUUUCCCUUGAUCAAUUGAAAUUGACUAUAUUUUUUUCUCCGUU